UUGAACGACUCCAACCAACCCGGAACUUUUAGGUCAAUUAAUCACUCCUGAAAACUUAUUGCAAGGAGUUUCCGCCUGUGUUUCUGAGCAGUUUAAAUGUUACUCUAAGAGAAGACACUUCUGCGGACUAAGGUAGUUCCUUCCGAGGGGAAAAGCGGACAGUUGCAAAUGUUUCUCGCUUCGACUGCAGCGGUUCCUGUGGGACAUUAACACUCGACUUGUCUUUUCAAACCAGCUAGAGAGUGGUGGAGGUAAGAGGUGCCAACAUGCCUCAACAGAAGGACAUAGUGAAGAUAGCCAUCCAGAUGCCUGGGGCCUACCCCCAGCUCAUACAACUGGACCAGAAAAAACCUCUGUCUGCUGUAAUAAAGGAAGUGUGUGAUGGCUGGAAUCUCCCAGGUCCUGACAACCAUGCUCUGCAGUACGCGGAUGGAGUGCAGACGUACAUCACUGAAUCGAAUCGUCUGGACAUUAAGAACGGCUGCAUUCUGCGUCUGACCAAGGCACCGGGCCGCUGUGCAGAAGACCUGUACAAGGGCAUCCAGAGCUCGGACUCGGGCGUGCGCUGCGAUUCGCUGAAGGAACUGGCGAGCGUUUCCACAGACGUGACCUUCGCUCAGGAGUUCAUCAGUCGAGACGGACAUCUCUUAUUGGUCAAAAUAGUAGAGGAUGCUAACGAGGGCAAUGUGAUAAUGACCCACACGCUGACUGGCUUCAUGGAACUGAUGGAUCAUGGGAUAGUUUCAUGGGAGAACCUGUCAUCUGUCUUCAUCAAGAAGAUUGCUAGCUUUGUCAACGCCAAGCUGACCGACGCAUCAAUACAGCAGGUGUCCUUGGCCAUCCUAGAGAGCAUGGUGCAGAGCAGCCACGGCCUCUUCCUGCAGGUCAAACAGGAAGUCACGAUGGAGCGGCUCAUCGCUCACCUCCAGGUGACGAACCAGCAGAUACAGACCAAAGCUAUGGCUCUACUUAUGGCACUACUACAAACAGCCGGGGACUCAGACAGACAGGAUAUUUUUGCAUUCAUGAAUAAGAGGAAUCUCCGGCAGUACAUUUAUAAAAACAUCAUCCAUAGUUCUGGUUCAGUCCAGGACGAGAUGGCCCACUACCUCUAUGUCCUACAGUCUGUUACCUUAAAUCACCUGGAGGCCCGCAUGAGGACUCCUAUGGACUGUUACAGCCAGGAGCAGAGAGAUAUCCUUCACGGCUUGCGGCAGACAGCAUUUGAGACCGAGACCGAGAACAGUCUGAGCAACGAGAGACGACGCUCGCUCUGCGCCAAAGAGUUCAAGAAGUUAGGCUUCUCUAACAAUAGUAACCCUGGUCAGGACUUGGUGCGAACGCCUCCUGGUCUUCUUGCUUUGGACACCAUGUUUUCUUUUGCUGCACGCUACCCUGAUGCCUACAGCAGGUUUAUCCUGGAGAACAGCAGCAGGGAAGACAAACACGAGUGUCCGUUUGCCAGGAGCAGCAUCCAGCUCACACUCAUCCUGUGUGAAAUCCUUCGCAUCGGCGAGCCCCCCUCAGAGACGGGAUGUGCCUACCACCCCAUCUUCUUCAGUCAGGAUCGGCUGAUGGAGGAGCUUUUCUGUGUCUGCAUUCAGCUGAUCAACAAGACCUGGAAGGAGAUGAGAGCCACACAGGAGGACUUUGACAAGGUGAUGCAGGUGGUGAGGGAGCAGAUCACCAGGACGCUGUCCAGUAAGCCAACCUCCCUGGAGCUCUUCAAGAACAAAGUCAAUGCCCUCAACUACAGCGAGAUCCUCAAGCUGCGGCAGACAGAGCGGCUGCACCAAGAAGAGACACUUGCUCCACCUGUACUUGAGCUCAAAGAGCGCCUGAAGCCAGAGCUGCUUGAGUUGAUCCGCCAGCAGAGACUCAACAGGCUGUGUCAAGGAACAAUGUUCAGGAAGAUUAGCAGCCGACGCAGACAGGAUAAAUUGUGGUACUGCCGUUUGUCCCCCAAUCACAAAAUGCUUCACUACGGUGAUGUGGAGGAAGACACUGACAGUCCCACCAUUGAAACGCUGCAGAAGAAGAUCCCAGUAGCAGAUAUCAAAGGCUUGCUGACGGGAAAAGACUGUCCUCACAUGAAGGACAACAAGGGCAAACAGAACAAGGAGGUGCUGGACCUGGCAUUUAGCAUCACAUACGACGUAGAAGAGGACAGCCUGAACUUCGUCGCCCCCUCCAGAACAGAUUUCUGCCUGUGGACAGAUGGACUGAGCGUUCUCCUGGGCCGGGAGAUGAGUAGUGAAUCCAUGCGCAGUGAGCUGGAGAUCCUGCUCUCUAUGGAGAUUAAGCUCCGCCUCCUGGACCUCGAGAACGUUCCCAUCCCCGACAGUGCACCGGUCGUCCCCAAACCGCCUAGCAACUACAACUUCUGCUACGACUUCAGCCAGACUGAGCAGUAGAGCGUGUGCAUUCGCUGUAGUGCACGUGUGUAUGUGUAAAUAUAUAUAUGUGUAUGUGUGUGUCUGAAAUAAGUGGUGCGUGAGUGUUGAGAUCUGACCUGUGCAUCCAUGAACUUAUUCCUAUAACACAGAUUUAUUUUGAUUUGUAAUCAUCAUUUUAUAAUUCUGAAUCUAUCUUAACUGAACUAUGUGUGAUACAUUGAAUAUACCCAUGUGUGCGAGGUUGGUUUUUACUGGUCGAGGCAAUAGAUGCUUUAAUCUUUGUCUCAAAUGCAAGUUGUGCUCAUUUGUUAAAUUCUUGUAUUUUCUUUUUUUUUUCUUUUUUUCAAUGGGCACUAGCUAGAACAGUGUUUUCUAAAGAUAUGGUACAUGUCAUUUAUUUCCAGCACAAGACAAAUACAGUAUCAUGUUUCAUGUUGGACAGUAUUUAGCUUAAAUAUACUUAAUAUAGGUACUGACCCUGGUACGGAUCCCAGAGGCGCAACAUGAUUACUAUUGAGCAGAGAUGCUCUGUACGACUUUUUAUUCUAUUAUAGUGAUGCAGAUCUACACUAGGUACCAAGCCGACCUUUUGUUUUUGGCUUUAGUUUUUAACAAUAAUCAACAGUUUUAUAAUAAGAACAAAUUGUGACAUGUGUUCUGAACUAGCAAUCAUCCCUGUAUAUCUAUAUGACACAGUAUGCGAUCAGUGAUCCUGAAACUGAUUGAUUUUAUUCAAUGUACGAUUUGAUGAUGCUGAUGCUAAUAUGAUGGAGGCAGCCUGCUCAGUCAGUUUGCUACACUCUGACUCACAAAGCACUCAAUGGUGACACUCAAAGCAGCUAUAACUGACACAGGUCGACAAGACAUCACGUGGUGUGCUUUUGUCACAGGGUUACUUCAUUUAAGCAAAGUCUCGCGUGUCCUCUGCAGUGCAUUCCUGAUACGCAACUAUCUGAUAAUGUCCACUUUGAAUCACACACUUUGACAAUAAACAGUUUGAUUUAUACUGCCAAAAAAAAACAAACAAGCAUGUGUGUGUUUUGCUCAUGGCACAGCAGCCGAGGUUUUAUAACAAUCUGUGCCUUUCAUCCUCAACGUUUCUCAAGUCAGCAGGUAAAGAGGAUGUGGUGGGCAAACAUUUGUCAAAUUUCAGCCUCAUUAAGGAAAUCGGGUCAUUUUGAGACAUUUUCAGUGACAAGGUAGGAGCUGUAAUCACUUUUUGGCAAGUGGAAUCAGAAUUGUAUAGGUUGUAUUAAUGUCCCAUUAGUAUUUGGUAAAAGGACUAGGUGGGCUAUAAUCUGUAAAACACAACUAAUCAAUGAAACAGCUAUUUCAUUGACAAAGAGAUGUAAUUAACAUGAUUGUGCAUAACAGUGUUGAGAUUAUACAUGAAUUAUUACAGAAGGAGACCAGGCGGACCAAAAAUAGGAAAUAUUGCUUAGAACUCAAAGGAUUUUAAAACCAAUAUGAAGUGUCUCAGUAUGGAGUCAGUCUUGCCAAAGAUAUAAAUAUAGGUAUGGAAGUUGGAAUGGCAUAUGUGUCAUAUUUAUUAUUUAUUUUAAUAUAGUAUAGUUCUAUAAGUUGCAGGAAAUUAAAUAGAGGAUGUAUGGAGUAUGUAAAUGAGAACUAAAGAAUUACAAAAAUCUGUUCAAAAUCUUUAAAAAUAGUGACCAUAUCUAUUUUAGUGGCGCUUGGAGUGUCUAGUUUAAACAUUGUAAGAGAUUCAAUUUGAAAUAUUGUUCUCCAUCGGGUUUAAUGGUGUUAUACUUUUGUAUACUUUGUUACAUAAACUUUAAAAAUCAA